CUUCAUAAAAAAUUCCUCCAAAUCUCAAUCCAGAUAAAGCAUAUAAAUACUCCAUCAAACAGAUACCUAAAUACAUUCGGCUAACCUUCAUCAUGUCAACAAGAAGUUCUUGGCAAAGCUUUCUUGAACUAUUUCAUCGUUACAAAUACACCUCCACCUGUAAUUCUCCAUGGCAUGUUCCUGCUGGCCGUGUUACACUUGCUAAUAAACUCGGACAUGGCGUCUUCUCAAUGCAUCAAACUCAGGGCCUCCAUUUAUUUUGCACUAACAACCGUGGAGCUUGGAGAAAACAUAAUGCUAACAUGUUGAAGGAUGAUGUAGACAAGGUUAAACCACCAUCACCACCACCACCACCUCCUCCAAGGUUUAACUUCGCCCUCUGGGCAAGAUGGAUUCUGGGUUCUAUGCUGUCUCUCAUGCUACCUUUCUGGAAACAAAAAUGGGAGAAGCUAAAAAAAAUUGAAGGAGAGGCAGAAAUGGUGGUUGAGGAGAUAGAAAAUGUGGCAGAGGUUGUAGAAAAGGUGGCAACAGUGGCAGAGAAAGUGUCAACACAAAUGGCAGAUAAACUUCACGAUCAUACAAAGCUCCAGGAAGCCGCUUUGUUGGUUGAACGCGUCUCCGAAGCAACUGCCCAAGAGGCCGAACUUACCAUUAAUAUCAUUCACAAGGUUGAUGCAUUGAAGGACCACCUGAAUGAUUUGGAGACAAUGGUUGAGCCGAUUGUUGAUGAGAUAGAUAAGCACGAAUCUGAAGGAAAAUAAGAUAUAUUAGCAAUUCCUAUUGGGCAUGUAAAGCCGACAAAACAAAGUUAUGAUGGACUUCAUUGAUUUAAUCAAGCAUCUUGAAUUUACACCUUGA